AUGGGAGCUCAUUUUGUCUCACUGUUUUUACUCCAGAGGGGGAAGGAUGAGUACAAAGUGGCUCCAACCUCAGACGGCAAGGACAAGAAACACAAGAAAGGUAAAAAGAGCAAGAAGGAUGUGGAUGAUCUGAAGAAAGAAGUUGAACUGGAAGCUCACAGGUUGACCUUGGAUGAACUUAGCAAGAAAUAUGCAACCGACUUAACCAAGGGUCUUUCCUCCUCCAGAGCAAAAGAAAUCCUGGCCCGAGAUGGCCCGAAUGUCCUCACACCUCCUCCCACAACACCUGAAUGGGUCAAGUUCUGCAAACAGCUGUUUGGUGGUUUCUGCUUGCUGCUGUGGAUCGGUGCUAUCCUCUGCUUCAUUGCUUUUAGUAUCCAGAUUACCUCAGAUGAGGAGGCAAUCUAUGAUAAUUUGUACCUAGGUCUUGUGCUUGCUGCUGUCGUCAUCAUCACUGGUUGCUUCUCCUACUACCAAGAGGCCAAGAGCUCCAAGAUCAUGGAGUUCUUUAAGAAUCUGGUCCCACAGCAAGCCCUGGUUGUCCGUGAUGGUGAGAAGAAGAGCAUUACCACUGAGGAGGUGGUGGUUGGAGAUUUGGUGGAAAUUAAAGGUGGAGACAAGAUCCCUGCUGAUCUGAGAAUCAUCUCUGCUUAUGGCUGCAAGGUGGACAACUCCUCCCUGACUGGUGAAUCAGAGCCACAGACCCGGACUCCAGACUUCUCCAAUGACAACCCACUGGAAACCAAGAACAUUGCCUUCUCCUCAACCAACUGUGUUGAAGGUACCGCCAGAGGAAUCGUCAUCAGUACUGGAGACAACACCGUCAUGGGUCGUAUCGCCAACCUGGCUUCCAGUCUGGAAUCUGGGAAAACUCCCAUCGCCAUUGAAAUUGAGUACUUCAUCCACAUCAUCACUGGUGUGGCUGUUUUCCUGGGUGUUACAUUUCUCACCAUCUCAAUCAUCACUGGAUACACCUGGCUGGAGGGCAUUAUUUUUCUCAUUAGUAUCAUUGUCGCCAACGUGCCAGAAGGUCUCCUUCCUACUGUCACUGUGUGUCUGACUCUGACUGCUAAGCGUAUGGCCAAGAAGAACUGCCUGGUGAAGAACCUGGAAGCUGUGGAGACUCUGGGCUCCACCUCCACCAUCUGCUCGGACAAGACUGGCACCCUGACCCAGAACAGGAUGACUGUGGCCCACAUGUGGUUUGACAACCAGAUCCACGAAUCCGACACCAUGCAGAACCAGAGCGGGACCUCCUUCGACAGGAGCUCGGCCACCUGGGCUGCCCUGGCCAGAGUCGCUGGACUUUGCAACCGUGCUGUCACCCUUGCUUCACAGGAACACAUUCCCAUUCUGAAGAGAGAAGUAGCCGGUGACGCCUCAGAAGCUGCCUUGCUGAAGUGUAUUGAGCUGUGCUGUGGAUCCGUUACUGAAAUGAGAGAGAAAAACCACAAGCUGGCUGAAAUCCCCUUUAACUCUACCAACAAAUACCAGCUCUCCAUCCAUAGGAAUUCAAGUCCUGGAGAGUCCAAGCACCUGCUGGUGAUGAAAGGAGCACCAGAGAGGAUCUUGGACCGGUGCUCCACCAUCAUGAUGCAGGGCAAAGAGCAACCUCUGGAUGAGGAGAUGAAAGAUGCUUUUCAGAAUGCCUACCUGGAACUGGGAGGCCUGGGAGAGAGAGUACUGGGUUUCUGCCAUUUCAACCUGCCUGAUGACCAGUUCCCAGAAGGCUUUGCUUUUGACACUGAAGAGGUGAACUUCCCCACUGAGAAACUUUGCUUCAUUGGCCUCAUGUCCAUGAUCGACCCUCCUCGUGCUGCGGUGCCUGAUGCUGUCAGCAAAUGCAGAACUGCUGGAAUCAAAGUUAUCAUGGUCACAGGUGACCAUCCCAUCACGGCCAAAGCUAUUGCUAAGGGUGUGGGUAUCAUCUCUGAGGGCAACGAGACUGUUGAAGACAUUGCUGCUCGCCUGAAAGUACCAGUGUCAGAGAUCAACCCCAGGGACGCCAUGGCUUGUGUUGUCCAUGGUGGUGAGCUGAAAGACAUGACCCCGGAGCAGCUUGACGAUGUGCUGAAAUACCACACAGAAAUCGUCUUUGCCAGAACCUCCCCUCAGCAGAAACUGAUUAUUGUGGAAGGUUGCCAGAGGCAGGGUGCCAUUGUGGCUGUGACAGGUGACGGUGUGAACGACUCUCCAGCUCUGAAGAGAGCUGACAUUGGUGUUGCUAUGGGGAUCACAGGAUCCGACGUCUCCAAGCAGGCUGCUGACAUGAUCCUGCUGGAUGACAACUUUGCCUCCAUUGUUACUGGUGUGGAAGAAGGCCGUCUGAUCUUUGACAACUUGAAGAAGUCCAUUGUCUACACUCUAUCCAGCAAAGUCCCUGAGAUGUCACCCUUCCUCUUCUUUGUCCUUUGCAACAUCCCUCUGCCCCUGGGAACUAUCACCAUCCUUUUCAUUGACCUGGGAACUGAUGUGGUCCCUGCCAUUUCCCUGGCCUAUGAAACAGCUGAGACUGACAUCAUGAAGAGACAGCCCAGAAACUCAAAAACAGACAAGCUGGUGAAUCAGAGACUCAUCAGUGUGGCCUAUGGACAAAUUGGUAUGAUUCAGGCCACAUCUGGGUUUUUCACAUAUUUUACAAUCAUGGCUCAGAAUGGAUUCCUCCCAUAUGACCUGGUGGGGCUCAGAAUAUUUUGGAACGACAAACAUCUACAUGACCUGGAAGACAGCUAUGGCCAGGAGUGGACAUAUGAGCAGAGAAAGGUUGUGGAGUUCACCUGCCACACAGCUUACUUCGUCAGCGUUGUGAUUGUCCACUGGGCCACUCUGCUCAUCGCUAAGACCAGGAAGAACUCCAUCAUUCAUCAAGGAAUGAAGAACCGUGUCCUCAUCUUUGGUCUGUUUGAGGAAACAGCUCUGGCUACCUUCCUGUCUUACUGCCCAGGGAUGGAAAAUGCCCUCAGAAUGUACCCUCUCAAGCCAGACUGGUGGUUCUGUGCCUUCCCCUACGCCCUCCUCAUCUUGCUGUAUGAUGAAGGCAGAAAAUAUAUCCUCAGACGCAACCCAGGCGGUUGGUUGGAGAAUGAGACAUACUAUUGAGUCAACACAACACAGUUACGGAGGGAGCAGUCACUGUUUCACCAUUAUUUACUAUCUGUCUGAGAUGUUAGUCAGAACCCCCGAUACACAAAACAUGAAU